UGGUUGGCAUGAGAAGUGGGGAGAUCAUCAACCGCCGAAUUGGUGUUAUCUUGAAGCUUCUAGCAAUGGUGUUAGCCAAGGAUCUGGGUACGAAGAACAACCACCUUUACAUGCCUAUCAAUGGUACCCCCAUAUUACAAAGUAUCUUCACCAUCAUACCAAGAAAAACCUCCACAACCUAUGGCGAUGACCGAAUUGGUGAUGGCCGUUGAGAAAAUUAAGGCAACUACGCCAUAUCUAGAAGGCCUUGAGACAACUCACUCAACUCCAACCCUGGAACCAAAGAGCCUCUUCGAGCUCGAGUUAUAAAAAAUCAUGGCCGGGAGUGGGAGUGCACUUCAUCAUUCUCCACCACCUACACCAAAGAGCCUUGGUGAGUUAGCAUUCGAGCACUACAACAUACCAAUGGAGUGUCUAGAUGCUAAUGAUCCCAACCUUCCUCCUGGUUGUUUCCGGAUUAAAGAUGUUGAACGAGAGGAAAGUUGGCUCCAAGAGGUGGGAACCGUAGGGAAAUCUUGCAUCAAGAGAAGUCGCGAACCUUCUACUCAAGACUUCUUCAAAGAACAAGAGGAGAUGCUCAAAAGGAUAGAAAAAAAUGAGAGAGUUAUUGAGAAAUUUUGCUCGAGGCUCACUCAAGAGCGCCUCUUCAACAUCAAGAAUGAAGCAAAAAAGGAAGCGGUAGAAGAGGAAGGUGUCUCAAGGGUGGACAAGCAAGUGGACCUUGAAGAUCCAUCUAUUGAAGAACUUGCUUGUAAAACCAUCAUUGCUCCUAAUCAUCAAGAAGAGAAAACUAAAGAAGAGAUCAUUGAUGAGGUUGUUAGGAAGGAAGGAGAAACUGAAGAAGAGGAAGAUCUUGGUACUCAACAUGGAGAAGAUUCUUCACAAGAAGGAGAGGAGUUUGAAGACGCAAUCGGAUUCCAACCAGUGGACAAGGUCGAAGUGGAUGAAGCUUCCACAAAUUACGUUAACUACUCAAACUUUCCAUCCGACCUUGAUACACUCUUAGAGAAGGAUCCUUUUGUGGUUUCUCUUUCCCAAGACAAGGCCACGACAUCAUCAAUACCUCUUGGUGGAUCCGGUGAUGACACUUCAAGAAUGCUUGAUUGGGUUUGAGGCAAAGAGAAGCGUAGAAAACUUGAAGAGAGGUUUUAUUAGAGGUGUCUCAAGCAACUAUAUCUACAUGAGCCUUCACCGAAUGAUCUGGAGACCCAUCAAGACUUGAGACUCCACUUGACCGAUGAAAACCUCAACUUUCAGGAGGCCUUAAGCUGGACUGAGUACUAGAAGACAACGAUCCUGUGAUACGACCUAAAAGACACGCUACUUGGGAGGCACCCCAACAUCGAUUUGCAUUUUCUUUUCCUUUACCUUUCAAUAAAGUACUUGCAUGUUUGAAUUUAGUUUGUAGCCUAAGUAGUAGUAAACAACCAUGCCUUAGUUAAGAAGGAGUUCUAAUGGACUAAGGUGAAGGGAAAAUGAUGAAAUGAUGAUAUAUUGUUGUGUGUUACAUGCUUAUUAAUGAAUCUAUGUGGUUUGGAGGCCUUGGUGGGUAUGAAGUGCAUGUUUUCCUUUGAUUUGAUUAUUUCCCACCAAGUGCUUGAUGAAAUGCCUAAACCACUUAAUUUGUGCUUGUAAUGUUUUGAUGCAUGCCAAAUGAACUUUAAUGCUUAUGUUAGACCACUAGAAGCAUGUUUGAGGGUUAGUUUUGAAUCUUGAUCGAUUGGUAUAAGGUGUAUGGUCCCUUUGUUCACCAAACCUUACCACUUUGAUAUUAUUUUUGAGCAAUCGGCCCAUAACCCUACCUUAGUCGUUUAGGUUGUUUAUUGCCUUUGGCUAAGGCACUAAAACCCCUAUAUUGACAUGUUGUGAAUUGAAUCAAUCAAUCAAGAUUGUUAACUACCUAAUUCAACAUUGCACCCUUCUUUUACACAGUAACCAUCAAGUGGUGGUGGGGGGGGGGGGGGUGGAUAAGAUUGGAUCCUAGGGAUGAUGAGAAGUGUUUAAUGCAUUCUUUGAUUAUUGAUAAAAUGUGUUUGACAUGGAUUAGUAUGAAUCGUUCUUGUGUGUGUAGGAACCUUUAUAAGGGUUAAUCUUUUGAAGAGGAGAGAGUUCCAAUGCUCCUCCGCUGGAGGUGGUAAGAACUUCAAACUUCCAAUCAAUGGAGAGACUGGACCACUUCCACACAACAAUUCGAGCCUCAUGCAUCACUACAUCAUAAGCAAUAACACCAACAAAGAAUAGAAGUGUCACCUAGAGGUCGAAAAACCUAGUCCAAAAGGCAAUUUCUCAACUUUUGGAGGAGAUCAACCUAUCCUCCCUACCCUUCGAUCCCACAAUCACUUUGACAUAGCAUUUUGGUAACUUUGUUUCACAUCCUUUUACUUUCUUACAUUGAGGACAUAACAUUUCGUAACUUUAUUCCACAUCCACAUCACUUUGGGAGGAGAUCAACCCUCCCGCCCUACCCUUCAAUGUUGGGGGGGGGGGGGGGGGCAUAAAUGCUUGUGUGGAAUAUUAUUAUCGAUUAUACUCUUAUGCCAUAAAUGUUUGAAAGCUUUAUCGAGAGAGAGUAUGCUUUUAGAGUGAUUGUGGACGAUAAUUUAGCAUGUUUCAACCACUUGGAGCCUUGUUUGUAUGCCCAAAAAUUUUCAAAUUCGAGGGCUCCAAGUUGGCCCCUUUUCCAUUAUCCCUACUUUACGUGCUUUGAAUUGCUAGAUAAUUGUGAUGUUAUGCAUGAUAGAGAGGGUAGUAGCGCGCCUGAGGAUGUUGGAAGUGAGGAAUUUAGCCAAUGAUUUCCUCCUUGAAUGUGUUGAUAUGUCCACUAUCUAGGUUAGGACAUGUGUGCGGGAUUCUCUACUCACUUUUGGACUCAAAAUGUUUUCAAACAUGUGCUCAAUUUUGAAAAAAAGAGGUUCUCGCGUGAGAGGCAACCAAGCAUAGUGUUUGAGUCUCUUCCAAUCAAUGGAGAGACUGGACCACUUCCACACAACAAUUCGAGCCUCAUGCACCACUACAUCAUCAGCAAUAACACCAACAAAGAAUAGAAGUGUCA